AUGGCGUCCGUAUCGCCUCCCAAACCCUGGGAGAGGGCGGCCGCUGGGUCGGCGACCGCCUCACCUGCUGUCGGGGCCUCCCCUGCGACUGCAAUGACGACUGCCGCGCCUGCGACGUCCACAGCCCCUGCUGCCUCGGCUUCCACGACUUCUCCCUCGCUACCAUCACGACCUGACAGCUUGAACUCUGUUGUCAACCAGACAGCCUCGAACUACUCUCCAUACGGCGCCAACAGAAUCGGCGCUAGCCCUUAUAGUUCAUAUGGCGGAUAUGGCGGAUAUUCGUCGCCAUAUUCGCGAUUGGGUUCCAUGGGCUCCAUGUAUGGAGGAGGAUACGGCGGCUAUGGAGGCAUGGGCGGCAUGGGAGGCAUGUAUGGAGGCAUGGGCGGCAUGGGUGGCAUGGGCGGCAUGUACGGCGGGAUGCCUGGCGACCCGAAUGAUCCAAAUAGCUUGACAAAUUCGUUCAGCCAGGGUACCGCUGCGACCUUUCAGAUGAUUGAGAGUAUUGUUGGUGCUUUUGGAGGCUUUGCACAGAUGCUUGAAAGUACAUACAUGGCCACGCACAGCUCCUUCUUUGCUAUGGUGUCGGUUGCAGAACAAUUCGGCAAUCUACGAAACACGCUGGGCUCGGUCCUGGGAAUAUACACAUUGAUCCGAUGGUUCAGAACAUUAAUCGCCAAAAUCACGGGCCGUCCACCCCCCGCGGACGCCACAUCUUUGACUCCCUCUGCCUUUUCCGCUUUCUUGAGCGGCCGAUCUGCCCCGGCGACGCUUCCUGACGGCAGCCCAGCUCCUCCUCGCCCGUCCAAGAAGCCCUUCUUUAUGUUCGUCCUGGCCGUAUUUGGCCUGCCUUAUUUAAUGAGCAAGUUGAUUCGUACCUUGGCGGCUCGGUCGCAAGAGGAGGAGGCUCGUCGACAGCAAUUGAUUGGGCCAAACGGGGAGCCACAGAACGCUCCUCUGGAUCCGACCAAGCUCGAUUUCUGCCGCGUACUAUACGAUUAUACCCCUGAUGCCCAAAACACAUCAGGAAUUGACCUGGCCGUGAAGAAGGGCGACAUUGUUGCAGUUCUCGGCAAAUCUGACCCCAUGGGCAACCCGUCUGAAUGGUGGCGUUGCCGUGCUCGCGAUGGCGGCGUUGGCUACCUGCCCAGUCCGUAUCUCGAGACCAUCCAGCGACGACCUGCCACAGCGGCUAUCACUGCUGGAACAAGCCUAAGCAGCGCCCCCGGCAGCCGGACUGCCACCAUGACCAACGCAGACGAAACCCAACGGUCUCAAAGCAUGUCAUCCGUCACAAAGGAUAGCAAGCCUGUCAUUAGUGGCAAGAUGGGCGACAUCACCCCUGAAAGCUUCCAGAAGAGCGCCUUUAACUCGUGA